UUUACAAUGAUUUUGGAGUCAUGAUAAAUAUUUCUAUCAUUCAAAAUGUAUAAUUACGUAUUUUACCUUCUGGUGCUUUCCAGGCUUCUUGUCUUUUGUGCGGCAGUUUCCGGAGCAAAGGAUGCAGUUUCGUCAGAAUCUCGGGAAAUUCCGGUCAACGUCACAUAUCCAUUAGUGAAUAUCGAAAAUCGGUGCGGGGAGGUAAUCACUAUUCCUUGUCCAACGAUAACAGAGGGCCGAGCUGGUACCCUUCGGUUUGCCACUUUACCAACACGGACAUGUGAAGUCACGGUAGAAUUGCAGGAAAACUGUACAAACACUGUUCGCGGGAGUUUCGCUCUGUAUCUUAACAUACGGCAGAUCAGCACGCUUACCGGUCAUGUUUUCAAAAUCGAGGAAACCUUUGCGAACGACCGAACUGUGGGCAAGCAACUCACAAAUCAGUUCAGUUUAGUGGCGUGGCGUUCCAUUGCACAAUAUCUGACACGCUACAGCCAGCAACCUCGUGUCCAUUUGGUGUACGAUAGAUCGACCGGAACCUCCGUAACACUUUCCGGAUACGUUAUCGUCAUUGACUACACUCUCCUUCAAAGCACUAUCAUCCAAGGUUCAGUUAUCAGCAACAGUACCUACUGUCGUGCACUGAAUGGUUACAUCCACAACGAGCUAUAUUGCCCACCGAUCACUACGAAUAGCCGCAUCAACUGUCCCAGUAUCUAUGUACCCUCGCUAGGCGAAAACCCCACAAGUAGUGCUCAGUGCGAUACGCCUGCUACCGCUCGACCAACGACAACCACUAGGAGACCAACAACCACAUGGCAACCCUUCGUACCAAUUACCUGGCCCUCGGGUAUCUCCACCCCCUGGUGGAUGGCGGUCACAACAACAACACAGCGCUCAACAACGCGCACUACCACCAGAACCACUACAAGGGCGCGACCUACUACAACAUGGAGGCCGUUUGGAUUCACCACAACCGCCAUACCCUGGUGGCGUACCACCACGUGGUCCUGGAAUUGGCAUUAUACUACCAGGCGACCCGAUACGACCAGUACGGGCGAACUCGUAGCGAUUGUUGUCUCCGUCGUUAUUACCGCACUCGUGGGGAUUUGUGGGGCUGCGUGUCGGCACAGCCGUUACCGUGCUGCCAGAGCCAGAGCUGCAGAGGAUCUGACUGUUUCGGUAGCGUACGAAGCCCGGCGUAACGCGCCCACUCCGGUGGUCAUUCGCUCCGCUCGCGAACCGACGGCGCCGGAUCACAGCUCAACUGGGACAUCGCCGUACCCAGCGGGAUCGUCACUGCCGCAUCCGUCAACAGAUCUCCCGAGUUAUCCUGCUGGGGCUGGCCAACCGUUGCCUUAUCCCGCUGCACAGCCGCUAGACGCUCCACCUACAUAUGCGGAAGUGGUCAGUGGUGCACACCCCGUGCACCACAUGCCAGAUCACAAGAACGAAUCUGAUGCUAAAUCAUAGGGUAGCCAUUGUACGCGGUAAAAACAGUUUUAAGGUUUCAUUUAUGUGUUGCGAUAUACUGCUGAUGUACAGGGAAUACAAUGCACGGAUAACAAUUUAAAGGCACGGUAAAAAUCUUGGACAGUAAAUGAUAGUGUUGUUUCUUCGGUUGAAGUAUAACCGUACUUUGAUGUAGCGCAUACUGUACACAUACAUGUAUCUGUAUGUACUUACACAAUCGAUGAAUUGCAAUUGCCAAU